GUACACCUUUUAUGAUUUUCAGCGCGAGAUGGCGUUAACAUUUUCUUUCUUUUUUGCGCAUGCUCUGUAACGUUGCUAAGGUAAACCUAUGUAGGAAAUGCAUGCAUAUCGCAUAUCGCAUAUAUUGUUUACGUGAAAUUCGUGUGACGGACUUUCGAUCGAAGAACCAGGCAAAGGACAGAGGGCCGAAAUAAUCAAUAUUAUUCAUCUUUCACCAAAGUUUUGGCCUCUUCCACAAUGACGGAGGGAGAAACAAAUCAAGACUCUUUUGCCAUUUAUAUGGCAGAAGGUGAUGUUCUGUUUAAGCAAGGAGAGUACAAAAAAGCAUUGCAUAGUUACUCGACGGCAUUGGCUUUAGAAAUAGAACCCACAGACAAGAACUGCUUGGUUGCCAGAUCUAAGUGCUACCUUCAACUCGGUGAUUCCAAACAAGCAUUAAAAGAUGCUGAGGCAGCACUCUCAGAUGAUAAAAACUACAUUAAGGGUUUAUUUCAGAAGGCUGAGGCGCUUUAUCAGAUGGGAGACUUUGAGAUGGCCCUUGUCUUUUAUCACCGCGGCAAUAAAUUUAGACCAGAGCUCCAAGAAUUCCGUCUUGGCAUACAGAAAGCACAAGAAGCAAUUGAAAACUCAAUAGGAAGUCCUUCCAAAGUAAAACUAGAAAACAAAGGGGAUUUGUCUUUUUUCAAUAAACAAGAUGAGGUAAAGUCGAAAAAACCAGCAAGGAUGGGAUACAGUAAACCUAUGGCAAAACAACAAGAAAACAAGAAGAAGAGACCGGUCAAGCCUGACCAGACUCCAGCUGAAAAGAAGACGGCCAAGCAACUUCUAGGAGAGCUCUAUGCUGAUAAGGAAUACCUUGAUAAACUUUUAAGAGACGAAGACCUGACGAGAGCAGAUACAGACAGCGGUAAUAGAAUCUACGACCUUGUCAAUGAGGGUCUUCAGUACCUAGACACCAGGACAGAGUUCUGGAGGCAACAGAAACCUAUGUAUGCCAGGAAGAGAGAAAAGGAAGAGGCCAAAGGAGCAAGAGAGAAAAAUAAACAACAACCAGCUGAUCCUGCCAAAUAUGUUCUUAAGAACCUUGAAGAAAUUGAUGCAGCUCUGGCUGAGAACAGACCCCGAGAUGCCCUCAGACAAGCCCAAAAGGUGCUGAGGAACGUUGAGAGUUGGUCAGAGGACGAUGUCCCAGAGAAGCAAGAUUUCAUAGCUAACCUUCACAGCUGUCUUGGUAAUGCCUACCUUGAUCUUGGUAAGAUGCCUGAUGCUGAACAGAACCACCAGAAAGACUUGGACCUCUCAACAAAACACGAAAACGACGAGGGUAGAUCAAGAGCGCUUGACAACCUUGGUCGGGUCUAUGCCCGCAUCGGUAAGUUUGAGAAGGCUGUGGAGAACUGGACCGAGAAGCUACCGCUGGUGAAGUCUGCCCUCGAAGGCACAUGGUUGUACCAUGAGAUCGGGCGAUGCCAUCUGGAGCUAGGAGACUUCCAGGAAGCAAGGGACUGCGGACAGAAGAGUCUCCAGGCCGCCCAGGAAGCCGGGGACGAUGUCUGGCAGCUCAACGCCAGCGUACUCAUUGCACAAUCAGAAGUCAAACUUGGAGACCUGCAAGAGGCUAUCGAUUCCUUUGAGAGAUCCCUUGACAUGGCCAAGGUCCAGGGAGAUGAGCCUGCACAGAAAGCCAUUGCCAGUGCCUUGGAGGACCUCAAUGAGAAGAUUGUUCAAGGGAUCAAGGAGAAGGAGGCUGAAGGAGACAUCUUACAAGAAGAACAGGGAGGAGAGAAAGAGACGCAGGAGGAGAAGGUUGUUGAUGAAGCAAAGGAAGAAGAACAACAACAAUCCCGUCCCGACGAUGAUGAAGAAUUUGAACAGCAGAGGUCACAGGCUAAAGAGGAAACUUUCAAACCAAAAGAAGACGAACAGGAGGAUAGCAAUCAGAAACAAGAUGAAACGGAACAGAAAGAAGAUGAGAAAGAUGAUGUUGAGCAACGUCAAGGCCACGAUGGAUCGAGGUCCAGUAGUAGAUCUUCCAAGAGCAGCAAGAGUAGCAAAAGCAGCAAGAGAGGAUCUGGUUUCUUUGGCCUUCGCAGGAGCUCAUCGAGCGGCAGUGAGAAAGAUGAGAAGAAAUAGAAAGAUGAAAAGCCAGCAGAAGAAAAGACGGAUGAGGCAGAAGAGCAAAAGGAAGAAUAAAAAAAUAAAAUGAUUGGAAUUGAUUAGAUUAUUUUCAAACGUUCCCGGGUCUUCAUCAUGCUGACUGAAGAUCUAGAAAAAGAAUGGAUCUUAUUACGAGGCACAAACCAUUUGGAGAAUGUAUAAGAAAUUAUGAACUGUCUAUUGCAAAAGGAGAAGAAAAAACAACAGCAAUUCAAGUGUGAAAUCUUCUGAAAAUUGAAUGUUUUAUAUGCAAUUCAUUCACUCUAUGUUGGGAUCUCAUAUAGGAAAUAUCUCUGAUUUUGCACCGAGUUCUCAUGAUUUGGAAUGACUUAAUAGUGAAUUACGAAAUGAAACUGGAGAAAUUUCUUGUUGUAUAAUUUCAUUUAACAUGUUAUAAAAAACAAUUCUACAUUCAACCAGCCUGCCCGAGUUCUGUUUAACUUUUACAUGAUCAUGUUCUUCAAACGUGUGUAGUUACUAUUUUAAUUGCCGUACAUUCGAUAUUUUUGGAGGGGGGGGGGGUGGGCAAGAAAAAUAUUGAAAUUGUACAAGAGCAUAUGCAAGUAAGGGAGAGAAGAACCCUUGGCUCUGUUUCAUAAAGCCUUGUUGUAGCAAUAAAAUAAUGCACAAUUUCUGUAGCAAGUUUACUACCAGCCAAUAAGUAACUUACAAUUUUUACUGCACAUUUGUUACUACUCAAGGUUUUAUGAAAUUGGCCUCAGGUUAAACACCUGGGAGUUGUUUUUCCUUACAUUUUCAUACUGAAAUUAAAGGAGUGCAUAAUGUGAAUAAGUUGUUGCAAGAUUUAUUAUAAGAAAGUGUAUUUUAAAACUUUUGUCCCCAUCCCAUAUCGGUCUUCUGUAAUAAGAAAUUACACUCUAUGGAGUCUAAGCAGAUAAAUUUCAUCACAGAAUUGAAAAGCACACCACCGUUUGUUUGCCUGUUUGUAAGCAAUAUAUAUUUCUUCCACCCUUAAAUCUUUCUCAUUUUGAAAUACUAGAUUUCAAUACUUCAUUUGUAUGUCAAGCAAUAAAACAUUCUUUUAGUUAUCAAAUACUAUAUAUCAACAAAUGACCAAUAUCAAUGAUAUCAGACACGUUUCUUGCAUAACAAAGUAUCAUUCAUGAAAUACAUACACAUGUUCAUUUAGAUGUGGUUUGUAUUUGUGUUAUUUCAAGGAGAAAUUCUCCCUGGUAUCAAGUUAAGAAAAAAAAAAAACCAUUAAUGAAGGUUUGAUGAAAAGCCAUCAAUAUCAAAGGAUAGCAGAGUUAUUAAUUAGUCAAAAAACUAUGUUACCUCACUUGCCUACUGUUUCCCCAUAUGCUGUAUUACAAAUUCCAUAAAUUCCCCCUUUUCCCCCCGUUUCGUGACUGAGCAAAUUUUAUUCUUUUUAGAGAGAAAGGUGUUUGACAUACUGUCAUAUUUAGUACAGAGGUAAACCUUAUAUUUGAAAUUUCUAUAGUACAAGUAACAUUAAUAAUCAUAAAUAAUUCAUAACACUGUUAAUCUUUGAUGGGUUAGAAAUAUACAUUAUGUGUCUAAUUUUCUGCUUUAAUGAAUGUUGUGAUUGCCUUCUACUUUGAAGAUAUCUUUUUUCUUUAUAAUCGAUAUUUUACCUAUAUUCCAAAGGAAAAUGAUGAGAUGUUAAGAUUGCAUAGCAAUCAUGUGUUAAAUUGGGAUGAUAUUGUAUGUAUUCUAUUUAAUUUUCAACUGCUUUGUAGUUUUUAAAAUGUUUAUUUAUUUUGGUGACUUUGUAUGAGAGGAGACAGGGGAAUCGUUUUCUGUAAAGGGAGACUUUUAGGUGUCCCGUUUUAGAAAUCUUUGAUAUUCUAGAAUAAUAAAUUUGAGCUGAUUUAAACAUGAAGUUAGAAGUUCAUUUCUCAAAAAUGGUUUUAUAAGCAAUUUCUUCCAGAAAACGCAUGAGGAGCUUUUCUGAAAGGUCUUGAUCCUUUAUUUGCCUUCAUUUUGCAACAAAGAAGGGUAUUGUAGUAAUAAAACUACUACAAUUCUUCAAAAUGUACUUCAAGUUUUGUAGUUAUUCAAGAAAUGCCUUUUAAUUUGUUUCAUGGCUUUGUUGCCAAUACUGUGCUUUAUUCAAAAUCAGAGAAAGUCAAAUUAUUGUACAUAAAUUAUUUUAUGUAUUGUAAAUAAUACAUUUUUUAACCAGAUUCUAUUAUACUCCAUGAAGUUGGGUAUGAAAUAAGUAUUCAUGUUAUUCCAGUCAUAUCGGAUCUUUCAUUGAUAGUUGUGGCGAAAGCAGUGUUGUAAAUAAUUUUUGUUUCAGGUGUAUAUUGCAUGUAUGUACAAAAAUGUGUUAUUCAACCGUCCAAUAAUAAAUGUUUGCUACUUGUAAAGAAA